GGAGUACUGAAGAUGUAUUUUAUUUACAGUUUGUUGGUUAAGAAAUUUGCAUAGGGCGGAGAAGUCAGUAAAAGUUGUAGAAACACCGGUGUUAAAACUUGAGAGAGAGAGAGAGAGAGAGAGAGAGAGAGAGAGAGAGAGAGAGAGAGAUUUCUCCACCCCAGUCCACGUUCUCUCACUCCAUCCCCACUCUGCGCUCUCCCUCCUUCCUCCUGAACAGGUAGAGAUUCUUGAACCCCGUGGCGCAGUGAAAUGUCCCGGGGAAGAGAAAGUCCCAGGUAAUCAGUCUGCAGCUCUACACACUGCGGUUCCGGAUUAUCACCUUCAGCUCGUCCACAGCGCACCACGGACAUGUAUCAGGGUCUAAGCAUGGCUACGAACCCGGGUUCCUACGAGCCGAGUUUCAUGCACAACGCUGCGUCGCCGGUGUACGUGCCGAGCACGCGCGUCGCCCCGGUGAUCCCCGCGCUGCAGUACCUGCAGCCGCACAGCGCCGCGUCCCAGCAGAGCAACCCGGCAUCGAGUCACUCGGCUUGGGCUCAACCGGGCUCGGACCCCGUGGCGUCGUACAACGGGGCGCAUCAUUCUCCGGUGUCUCCGCGCUUCACGUUCUCCAGCACGCCCAUGAGCUCGGGCGCGAGGGAAAGCGCCACUUACACGACGAGCCCGUUGAACGUCACGACAAACGGACGGGACCAUUACAGCGCGCGCGGCCUGGGCUCGUCCUAUCCCGCUCCCUAUCCCGCCUACGUGAGUCCGAGCGUCGGGGGAACGUGGGCCGCGUCCCAUUUCGACGGCUCGGUGCUUCAUAGUCUGCAGUCUGCAGGGCCGACCGGCGCGGCCAGACACCCAAAUCUGGAUCUGUUCGAUGAUUUCGCAGAAGGCCGAGAGUGUGUGAACUGCGGGGCCAUGUCCACUCCUUUGUGGCGACGAGACGGGACCGGUCAUUACCUGUGUAAUGCGUGUGGACUCUACCACAAGAUGAAUGGCAUCAACAGGCCACUGAUCAAACCCCAGAGACGACUCUCUGCUUCCAGGAGAGUGGGCCUUUCCUGUACUAACUGCCACACCACAACCACCACUCUGUGGAGACGAAAUGCAGAAGGAGAGCCUGUGUGCAAUGCCUGUGGCCUCUACAUGAAGCUACAUGGGGUUCCUCGUCCUCUUGCCAUGAAAAAGGAAGGCAUUCAGACACGCAAGCGCAAACCCAAAAACCUCAACAAGUCUAAGCCUGGAAACCCUGGGAAUGAAGGCCACACCCCUUCUAAUGCAGCCAACACUGGUGGCCACGCAGUAGAACCCCGUCCAAUCAAGACUGAGCCAGACACGCCCACUCUCUAUUCCCAUCAUAACAUACAUACACAGAUCUCAUACAUGGGAGGCCAAAGUGGGGCUUCAUCACUGAAGCUCUCUCCAGGAGCCCAUACUGUAGCACCCAGCUCCAAAAAUGAGCCUUGGAACAGCCUGAUCCUCACAUGAACCUGUUGUCUUUCAGUCAAAUGUUGCAGUUUCUGUCAGGACUCAUAGCAAACCAGUGAUGGCAAACGGGACUGAACGGGGCACCCCCCCAAAAAAAAACCCCAAAAAAACAACAACAACAACAACCAUAUAAAACACAUCAAACACAACCAUGACACUGUGGAAGAUACUAUAAGAACAGCUGAACUGAGAAAUGACAGAAACCAAUGAAGCUUCACAAGAGUCACGUGCCUGAUACCUAAGACCAACGUUCAGGAACGUAUCCUGGUCAAAUACUCACAGACUGCUGGAAUUACUCCACUGAUAAAGUGUCUUCAGUAUUUGUAAAGAAAGUUACUUAACAAUGACUAAAAAAUACAACUAAAAUAUAAAGGCCCCAUGUGCCUUUACUGCUUUCAUUCAUUGCUCUCAGUGUUCUAUUACUGAAAACAUCUAUGUGUUUACUACUAGCUGUGCUAACUUUCAUUAUAUAUAUAAAAAAGUACACUCCCUUUCCAAGAAUCACCUCUUCAAAUAAAGAUUCGAGAGAGAAUUCUCAAGAGGAUAUAUUCAGUAAAGCACUCCUCAUAUGGUCAAAACCUAUCAUGUUUGAGUUACAGUUUGACUUUGAGAGCAUUAAAAACACCCAUAAUAAGCAGCAUCAACAUAUUAUUAUUCACAUAACUGUGAAUAUGUCAAGUAGUUAUUGAAUAGAAAGUAAUACACACAUAAUACACCUACAUAAACAAUGUGACAGUAAGAGGCCUGUCAUUUCCUCAUAUUGAAAUUAAGAUUUUUUUUUAAAGGCACAGAAAACUGAAACAGGAUUUCAAUUCAUGACGAGCCAAAAUCUCUUUCAAUAAUUAACGAAAAAUAAUAUUCAAUGACGCACUGCAAAUUCUUCACUUUAAUUAGAUUUUUUUUCCUCUUAAUUUUAAGAAGAACGCCUAAUAUUUAUUGACUUGAAGCAAACAGGGUUGAGUCUUUCUUCAUGUUCACAGGUAGCCUAUAGCACUGGGUCCGAAUUCUAAGCAUAAGUCGGAGUAGAUCUAGAUGAGGAUCCACGUUAUAUUUUAAAGUGUUUAAACUUUUGUUCAUUCGACUGUGAGAAAAACUCAUGAAUUGUUUUUUUUCCAAUGUAUAAAAAUGUAUGUAUGCUGUAUGUACUGACACCUUGCUCCAUUAUUAUUAUUAUUAUUAUUAUGGUUAACCUCAGUGUGUUGUACAAGGACACUACAUUGGACAAAGGACAAAUAUUACAAGCUGUAACAGUGCAUUGAACUUUAUAUCUCUUUUUUUUUCUCAGAGUAGCCGAUCUUACAGAGGAACUUAAUUAAAUAAAUAAGAAUCAAACAAGA